AGCCAUAAUAUCCUCUUCUUCCCCAAUUCCGAACUGUCUACUAAAUAUCAAAUGCGCCGGCCGGACUUUCUGGAGCAACAACGCUGCUAGAGAUCAACAUACAGAAUUGUUAUUAGUUUCACCAUAUUGAGAAAACUGGUGAGAGAAACGAAUCACAGAUACAUACAGAGAAUUGAUCAUGUUGCUUCACAAUUGGAACUUUUCUUCCACUUCUUCCCUAUUAUUACAGUCCACAAGUCAAAGCAACAGAAUCGAUUGCGAAACUAAUUGUAUCUACUCGAGAAGGAGAAAACUCAAAGUUUCUUCAACACUUUCGUCUCUCAAAAUUGGAACGGAUGUAAUCGCUGAAAUAGCUCACAAUAAGGUGCUGAUAGCAGCAGCUGCAUGUGCUGCAGUUGGACAGUUGACAAAACCUUUCACUGCUUCCAUUUUAUAUCGAAGAGAUUUUGACCCAAAAGUUGCACUUCAGGCUGGAGGGUUUCCUUCAACCCAUUCUUCUGCAGCUGUGGCUUCUGCAAUGUCCCUUGGUCUAGAAAGGGGCUUCUCGGAUUCAAUUUUUGGAAUAGCAGUUGUCUAUGCUUGUCUUACCAUGUAUGAUGCUCAGGGCGUUAGAAGGGAAGUUGGAGUUCAUGCAAGAACAUUAAACAAAGUAUUAAACAGAAACCAAUUUGAAGCUUCAUCUACAAAACCAUUUUCAAAUCCAGAAUCUAGUAAAUCUCCAAAGUUUGAGGAAACAAACAGUUGUAAAUCGCCAGAGUGGCAUAAAGAGACAACACUUGUUGUAACACCCGAUAAAAUUGAAAAUGGUGCUUUGUUGGGUUUACUCGGGAGCUUAAUUGUCUACUCCUUAUGAUAGUAUUUGAGCUACACAUGGAUUAUUUUAUACGAUGAGUAAGAAUCAUUUAAAAUAUACUAAACUUGUAGUUACCACUUUUAAUAAUAGUUGAUUGAAAUUAUGACCCAUCAUUUGGGUUUCCUUUGUUACAGACUGGUCAAACUUUCUAGGACUAUUUUCGAUAAUGAGGAUGAGGAGGACAUUUAUGUCUUUUGGCACAAAUGAUUGAUCGGGAGGGACCUCGAGAGUGGGUCCCACUUUUUGGUGGGACCAAAAAAAUACAUUUUUUGUCCCAUAGGCCAUGCAUAACAAACAUACAACUUGUACUAAGGGAAGGUAAUGAAUCAUUCAUCCAUGUUGUUUGGUAUGUAAGAAUAGGCGAAU